AUGGAGGAGAUUGAAAGAGAUCGGGAAAUUGUAAGGAGGAUGAAGAAAUUUGACAGGGAAUCGAUGGAAGAUGCAUGCAACGAAAGCUUGAAAAGUAAAAGGAUCAGCUACAUUCCAAAUCUUGUUGCAAUGAAUAGCACAGAAGCCACGAAGAAGAGCGCAAGGCCUGGGAUGCUUAGCUUGAAGAUAAGAAACAUGAGCACCAGAAAUAUACUGUUUGCAGUUUCCGAAUCAUUUCGGAAUAUCAACAAAAAGAUAAUAAAGAAGCUUGAAAGAAUCAAGGAGGAGCUGACCAAAAGAGACGACCUCUUUGAGUGUAUCUUGGACCAGGUAGAAAGUAUGGAAGUGAUAGAGGACGAGCUCUUCUCAUGGUAUCCGGGGCUGAAGACAUCUGAUGUCCUAAGCUUUUUUCUCGAGCUGAUGCCUGAUCUUCUAGAAAGGUAUAAAGAAUACUUUGUGAGAUCUCUGGUCCUUCAACAAGCUCCCAAGAAGAAGAUCCUCAAGGCGCUUAGGGAUAGACUCCAUAAGAACCUACAGUGCUUUGACAUCAUUGAGAAAGAUCUGGAGCUCUUCGAAGAAUUUUCGGGAUGCAUUCCUGAGGGAGGGAGAAUCAUUACAUCUUCUUAUUGGUGCGAAGAUGAAGAAAAGUGUGAGGAUGCCAUGGAGUUUUUCCCCCAACUCAAGGACAAGAUGCGUUUAAGCUCGGAGGUGUGUGCAGAGCUGUUCCAUCCGCUUUCUCAUGCCGAUGUACAGAUAAAUGGAAGAGAUCUGGUGGUAUCGUUUACUCAACUGAACGACCUUCUGACCAAGAACAGUAGGUCGCUGGAGUUCUGGAUGAAGGAGGGGAUUGUGGACUCGGACUGGCGAUAUCUAUGA